GAGCCCGCGUAUACCUGAAAACUCCACUCAGAUCAGACCCGCGAGGGAGGAUGUGAGCCGCGGAUCCGAUCAACUUUUCCUUCCUGUGUGAAGCCGUCAGUGCACAUGCAAUACAUCUAAUUUAAGUUCAAGUGAUGGAACAGGUUUCGUAGGGAGCCGAUAAGAUGCAUAGACGCAAGAAGACGAAAACCUACUCCAAGUCGGCGAUCAGUGAAGCCAUACUGAGCGUACCCCGGCUCCCGAUCCCACCUCGAUCUGCUUAUUACAAUCCACUCAAAUGUAUCAUCGAAAACUGGAAGAUCCAUCCUCUCAAAGUCUUUUUGGAAGAGUAUCGAGCGGAAUACCGCAGAGACGCACUUCAAUGGAAUGCGGAUUGCCUCGAUAAAUUCGUCGGGCGGGAAAUCUCGAGCUGCGUCGAUGAAAUCAUCUCGUGCUGUCUACCACUAGGUUCUCUUCAUGACGUCACCCGGUUUUUGUUCUCGAAAUAUUCCUGUCAGAGAGCUCGCUUUUCCACGAAAAAGGGCAUCAUCAAAGUAAACAUGCCAUUGAGCAGACUUUCUGUGCAAGUCGAAGAUAAUAUUCUCAUGAUGUCGUUCAUCGUCAACCUGAGCGGAGCUCUCGACAAAACGAAUGACGACGUCACGAAAGUGUACAAAAAUAAUGUGUACUUCGUCCGCAAGGACGGUCUAUCCGUUUUCACGAUUGAUCGUUAUGACCUGGUCCAACCAACUGCAGAAGCCCAGUUCGGUAUAAUUUAUUUGCUGGACGUUUUGCCGUGUUUGUACAUUUUGCCUUUGAAUAUGCCGGUCGAUGUCAUAAUCAACGCUCUGCAGAUGGCUCUGGGUUUGCGUUUGCGAGUCACACCGUCGAAGCCCGAUAUUCCUUUGCACGUUGUCAUCAAAGAAGAGGCAAAGCGAUCUGGUCUUCGCCGCGACGUAUUCCCGGACCACCUCAAGGAAUUGUUACAUUUUCAAUCGAACACUCUGCGGCAGAUGACCCGUAAGCCAAAUCUGACGAAGUAUCCGAGUCAGCAUGAAUGUUCUUUCCGGAAGGUCUCCUUCGAACUAACAGAAGGCUUAGCACUCACAUUCAGGAGGAGAAAGAGGGAGAAUAUUCUAGAAAGUCUUUAUCAGUUCGAAAGCAGCGAUCGGCUACGAGUCCCCGCCGAGUUCGUUCGGGACGUGGCGAGUAAUUCUAAAAACUCAUUCGGCGCUUUCGAUUUCGCUCGAGUAGCAAGACAGUCUAAGAAGUGAGCCCCCUAGGUAUAUCUGUACAAUUUAGUCGAAACUCGGGAUAGAAUUGAAUGAAACUAUUUCAGAGCUCUAGUGAGUUCGAGUUGCUGUGUC